UAUUAGCUUGUAGUUGCAUAUGUCGUGUCAACCAACCAAAACACAAAAAGCAUAAGCUUGACACCCAAUUUUGACCGAAAAUUUUUUAUUCCUCUCUCAGAAAUCCGAACAGCAGAUGCCCAGAUCACGUUCUUCUUCAAACCCUAAUUCACACCCUGCAAAACCCUAAAAUCCUCAGCACAAAUAUACCCUCAUGGACGAAUCAUUCUUGUUAAUGCUUUCAAAUCUCCUUCACCUUCACAACACCUUAGACCCUGCUACGUCUCUUCUUUCCUCUCCUUCCACUCCCUCCGUUUCCUCUCCUUCUCUUUCCUCUCCUUCCCCUUCAUCUCUCCUCUCCUCAUCCUCAGCUGCACCUCUCCUCUUCUUCACCCUCGCCUCUCUCCUCUCCUUCCUCGCUUCCUCCAAACCCCGGAAGCAAAAUCCCAACGACACUCUCAAUAACAUCAAUAAUGCCAACCCUUCCGAUAAUUCCGCUCCUCCCGACAAUUCCGCUCCGCCUGAGACCGCUGCUUACUCCGUUGCUGCUUUCCGGGCACUCUCCACCGAACACAUCUGGUCUCUGGAAGCUCCUCUUCGUGAUGCCCAAUGGAGGUCUUUGUAUGGGCUCUCGUAUCCGGUUUUCACUACUGUUGUUGAAAAGCUUAAACCCCAUAUUACUGCCUCUAAUCUUUCUUUGCCUUCUGAUUAUGCUGUGGCUAUGGUCCUUUCGCGGCUUGCUCAUGGUUACUCAGCAAAGACUCUUGCUUCUCGGUAUUCUCUCGAGCCUUACUUGGUUUCUAAGAUCACUAACAUGGUAACACGUUUGUUAGCUACUAAGCUUUACCCUGAGUUUAUUAAGAUUCCUGUUAGUAGGCGUAGGUUGAUCGAGACUACACAAGCUUUUGAAGAGCUUACUUCGUUGCCUAACAUGUGUGGUGCUAUAGACGGGAGCCCAAUCAAGUUCCAUAGAGUGCCCAGUGAUCAAACCGGGGCGAAUUUGUAUAAAUGCAGAUAUGGGUAUUCUUCAGUUUUGUUGCAGGUAGUGGCUGAUCACAAGAAGAUAUUUUGGGAUGUGUGUGUUAAGGCCCCUGGUGCUACUGAUGAUGCUACGCAUUUUAGGGAUAGUUUGUUGUACAAUAGGCUUGUUUCUGGUGAUGUUGUGUGGGAUAAGGUGAUUAAUAUUAGGGGUCACCAUGUGAGGCCUUAUGUAGUUGGGGAUUGGUGUUAUCCUCUAUUGUCGUUCUUAAUGACACCCUUUUCGCCAGAUGGGGCAGGAACUCCAGCACAGAACUUGUUUGAUGGGAUGUUGAUGAAGGGGAGGUCUGUGGUGGUGGAGGCUAUUGGAUUGUUGAAGGCAAGGUGGAAGAUCUUGCAGGACUUGAAUGUGGGUCUUAAUCAUGCCCCACAGACAAUUGUUGCUUGUUGUGUGUUGCAUAAUUUGUGCCAGGUUGCAAGAGAGCCGGAGCCAGAGAUUUGGAAGGAACCUGAUGAGAGUGGAUCUCCAGCUAGAGUACUUGAGAAUGAGAAGUCAUUUCAUUAUUAUGGGGAUAGCUUGAGACAGGCAUUGGCUGAUGAUUUGCACCAAAGGCUUUCAUCACGAUAGAUUUCUCUGGAGAUCUAGCCUCAAUUUCUUUGUAAGGAUAUACAAUUUAGCUGGUUUGUGGGUUUCCUUAUGCAUUGUUUGUUGACCUCUUUUUAGAAAGAGCAAAAUAUAGAUUUGUGGGCUAGUGAAGUUCAUGAGUAAUCAAUUCACUGUACUCACUGGGAAAGCUGACUUGGAAUGUAACUUUUCUAAUUAGAUGGAAUCCUGAUCUGGAGGGUGGCACUGCUGAAUUAUUACUGGUCCUGGCUUUUUCUUUGAAUAGAUGAUUAAUGUGUUGUCUUAUUUCUACUAAUUCUUUGGAGAGCUAUUAGGUGGACUCAAUGGAAUGCUUAUUCAAACUUCAUACUGUGAAGAGAAUAUAUGAAUCUUAUAACCAUCAAGAAUGAGCAUCUGCUCGGAGAAAUUUCAUGUGCUAACCAUACAGUGAGUUCUAACCCUGUGCCUCUGUUCUAGUACAGUGAGAUCUAAUCCUGCACCUCUGUUCGGACAAUGAUGAUCCAGCUUCUGCAACCAUUUCUUCGAGUCACUUCAGCUUCUAUCUCUUCUCCUGUAUGAUGCAGUUUGUUGUUUUGAGAAAUUGCUAACCUCCAAGUUAUAAGCAAAAGUUGUAGUUGAUGGCUGA